CUCCCCGGCACCCUGACUGCCCAACUCCCAGUCGGCGCAGGCCACCCGCUAGGCAGCAAGUCCCGGCGCAACAGAUUCUUGCAUUUAACUUAAUUCAGAUUCAUCAACGUGUGUAGCCGAGGUCCUAGAGAGCAUGAACCUCAGUCUUCCUGACCAGAACACGCACAGCUCUAGUGAAGGCUGCAUAGAGGACGACAAACCUGAUGUCAUGUUACCUUGCUUCCGCAGAAACAUGUAUGACGAGCCUCUGGCCUCGUACUCCAAUGGAUCCAUCAUCUCUCAACUCCUUCGCAAGACAAUCCACAACAAGAGGGCAAUAGAUGAAAGCCACUUCUACCUUUCCAGCUCCACUGCUGCUGACUCCGGCCAGGAGGACCAGAGCAGUGUCUCCUCAAAGGACAGCACGGUGGAAGCUGCCUCCCCCAGUGGUCACAUCUCUACAGGAACCAGCCCGGAGGGAGAGCAUCCCAUGACUGACCACCUGCAGGCCAAGAGGGCCAGAGUGGAGAAUAUCAUCAGGGUCAUGGCUGGCUCUCCCAACAGCAAGCAGCAUGGAGACAGUGAGAGGUCUGACACAGAAACCAGAGACACCAGGGAGGCCAGGGAAGCAUACAGGGAGAACAAACGUAAGCAGAGGUUGCCUCAGCAUCAGGAACACAGUGUUGGAGGACCAGCGAGCAGAAGACCUGGAAGCAGUAAUAGUGAUAACUGUAACACCAAGGAUGAGGAGUGUCACAAGUUGAAAGAGCAGCUCCACAGCAUGCAAAGGCUCCUGCGUCAGCUCCAGGAAAAGUUCCUUCAAGUUUACAACCAGGACGAUUCUGAACAUGGCGACAGAGAUGAGACAGAAAUCGCCGUUGAGCAGGACACCCUGGCAGAAAGCACAGAGUCACGCUACAUAAGCACUGAAGAUGAUUUUGAGAGGAAGAAUAGCAGGGUGACUGCAGAGUGUAAGGACCGAAUGAAAGUAGUUGGUUAUCUUUUACACCAAAGAGAAAGUCAGAACCUACAGGAAACCCUGACGAAGGAGCUCUCCCGGGCUGUUAAUGAGUGUGUGGACAGGGUGUUCAAGAAAGUGUCUUCCACAGGACUGGACUUGUCCCCUCAGCCAUGCAUGUGCUCAUCUCCAGAGAUGCAGAUGAGCGUGGGUGCAGACAGGAAGAGCCUGCAGGCUGGCUCCACCCAGGAACAGCCCCAGUCUGAGGAGGCUACAGUCAAACCCCGCUCUUUGGAGUACUAUGAAAGCUCUGAGGCUCAAAGCCCUCAGGACCAGACAGAGGCUCUGUCACUGGUGGUCCGCAAGCCAGCAGUAACCCCCCUGAGCUCAGUCGCCCCAACAGUGAAGAGGCCCUAUCCUGUGCACCAGACACCAUUUCAGUUCAAUUACAGCACCCCUCUGCAUGACAGCCAGAUCCUAGAGCACCUUCUCAAGUAUGGGCCCCAUUCCAACUUUGGGGGUCUGCCUUGCAUGCCCCCAUCAAUGGACAGGACCUCCCCAGACUCAGUGGACCUGCCAUGGGACACCAUCGCCAUGAGGUCCAAGGUGACAUCCAGCCACCUCGGCCACCACCCUCGUCCCUCCGCCCUGGGGGCAGUGACGGUCGACAAUCUGUGUCUCCCUCACGUGAAGAUUGAGUGCGGUGAGCUGCAGAGCAUGGCUGAUCGAAACCCCUACAUUUCUCUCAACAUCCAGGAGGGUCUCACCCCGAGCCAUCUGAAGAAGGCGAAGCUCAUGUUCUUCUACACCCGCUACCCCAGCUCUAAUGUGCUGAAAACUUUCUUCCCUGAUGUCAAGUUCAACCGCUGCAUCACCUCUCAGCUGAUCAAGUGGUUCAGCAACUUCAGGGAGUUCUAUUACAUCCAGAUGGAAAAGUUUGCCCGCCAGGCCAUUGUUGACGGCAUCAAUGAAGUCAAGGACAUUACAGUUAGCAGGGACUCAGAGCUGUUCCGGGCACUGAACAUGCACUACAACAAAGCCAAUGACUUCCAUGUUCCCGACAGAUUCCUGGAGGUUGCUGAAAUCACCUUGCAUGAGUUUUACAAUGCCAUUUCUGCAGCCAAAGAUUCAGACCCCUCUUGGAAGAAGGCCAUAUACAAGGUGAUCUGUAAACUGGACAGUGAUGUCCCAGAAGAGUUCAAGACAUCUUCCUAUUUAUAGGCAUAAGUGCAGAAAUGUACAGGUGAAGGAAUUGGCGAUUUUUGAAGUUAGUCCCUUGACAGUAUUAUUACAUCAUUUCUUGUA